AUGAUGGAAUGGAGAAUAAAAAAAGAUAUAUAUGAACAUGUACUAAAAGGAAAUAGUUUUCCUAUUUUAGUAGCAAUAAUUGUGCUUAUUUUUAUUCAUCAACAACACCGAAGAAGAAUUCUUCGAGAAGGUCUUGAGAAUCAUAAUGAUCGUGUGGUGAGCAAUCCAAAACGGUCUCGGGGAUUUUCUUCAUUUCUAUCGGUCUUUGUAUGCUUUAAGAAACACAAAGUGCAGACAAAUCUCAAGGAACGCCAUUCACAAGAGAAUUCAUUUAAUGAUACGAUUCCUGAGAACUAUUUACUUCCUGUUCUUUUUCCCUCUCAAGAAGAUAUGAGUCUUUUUACACGUACAUUUUAUAGUGAUUCAAAUGGUACUCGUUAUCAUACGGGUAUCUCAGCGUCGACUCAGACUUCGUAUUCAUGA